AUGGACACAGUAACCUUUAAGGCCUGCUUUGCAGAGUAUGAGCAAUAUAGUAUAGCUGGAUUCAGCAUAGUGCAGCUGGAUUUCAUUCAGAACUGUGUAUAUCCCUCACCAGAUUUAGAUUAUGUGAACGGUACAGAUCAGGAGGAGAUUCGAACUGGGGUUGAGCAGUGCAUCCAGAAGUUUCUAGAUGUCGCCAGACAGACGGAAUGCUUCUUCCUCCAGAAAAGACUACAGCUUUCUGUCCAGAAGCCCGAGCAAGUUAUUAAAGAGGAUGUUUCUGAGCUGAGAAACGAGUUGCAGAGAAAAGAAGCCCUAAUCCAGAAGCAUCUGACAAAACUUCGGAGCUGGCAGCAGAUUCUAGAAGAGAUAAACGUUCAGCAUAAAAAGUCUAGUGAAAUGGCUCAAGGGCCGCUUGCCUACCUGGAACAGGCUUCUGCCAAUAUCCCUGCUCCCAUGAAGCAGAAGUGACUGCGCACUCUGCACUGGGCGAACUUGUUUAUACCUUUUUCACAGAGAACAGAAGGAUGCUGUUGGCACAUAAUUCAUCAGGUUAACUGUUUUUGUUUAUCAACACACACAAUAAUUAAAGUGUUUUUUUCCAUCUGGAAGUCCUGCUUUUA